GCAAAUUGACAGGCAAUUACCUGCUGGGACUUGCAAAUCUAGUUUUUGCUGGUCAUUUUGUUGUUAUUGUUGUUUUUCUGCGCAUAAAUAUUUUAGGACGUGUUCGGGAAUUUUGCCUCCGGGACCGUUUGUGAUAGCCAAAGACUGAACUUCAACUCUGAAAGCGAGGCUUCUUUGGGCAUCCGUCUUUGGAUUCUGGUUGCCCACUCUUUAAUGCACUAAUCGGCCAGUUGUUAGCCCUGUUUGGGUGAGGCCGAUCCGACUAACUAGAACUCAGUCCGGGACUCUUGGUAAUUUAGUCUCCCUCCUCUCCCACCACCCUCCGGUAGUAAUAAAGGUUCCUGAACUUGUAUGUUGAUCUCCCGGGAGCUACUUGAAGAAGAUCCGAUCCCUUGUUGCCGCCUAGUAGGAGCUGUUUUCAGGGUCCUUACUCAAUCGGCUUGUUGUGAUGCGUAUCCCCGUAGAUGCCAGCACGAGCCGCCGCUUCACGCCGCCUUCCACCGCGCUGAGCCCCGGCAAGAUGAGCGAGGCGCUGCCGCUGGGCGCCCCGGACGGCGGCGCCGCCCUGGCCAGCAAACUGAGGAGCGGCGACCGCAGCAUGGUAGAGGUACUAGCUGACCACCCGGGAGAGCUGGUGCGCACCGACAGCCCCAACUUCCUCUGUUCCGUGCUACCCACUCACUGGCGCUGCAACAAGACCCUGCCCAUCGCUUUCAAGGUGGUAGCGCUGGGGGACGUUCCGGAUGGCACUCUGGUCACCGUCAUGGCAGGCAACGAUGAAAACUACUCGGCGGAGCUGAGAAACGCUACGGCAGCCAUGAAGAACCAAGUGGCAAGAUUCAACGACCUCCGGUUUGUUGGUCGGAGUGGUAGAGGCAAGAGCUUCACCCUGACCAUCACUGUCUUCACAAACCCACCGCAAGUCGCUACUUACCACAGAGCCAUCAAAAUCACGGUGGACGGCCCGCGAGAACCCCGAAGACAUCGGCAGAAACUAGAUGAGACCAAGCCCGGGAGUUUGUCCUUUUCCGAGAGGCUCAGUGAACUGGAGCAGCUGCGGCGCACGGCCAUGAGGGUCAGCCCGCACCACCCAGCCCCCACGCCCAACCCUCGGGCCUCCUUGAACCACUCCACUGCCUUUAACCCGCAGCCUCAGAGUCAGAUGCAGGAUGCGAGGCAGAUCCAGCCAUCCCCACCGUGGUCCUAUGAUCAGUCUUACCAGUACCUGGGAUCCAUCACCUCCUCUUCCGUGCACCCGGCAACGCCCAUCUCACCUGGCCGUGCCAGCGGCAUGACAAGCCUCUCUGCGGAACUCUCCAGUCGACUUUCAACGGCCCCAGACCUGACAGCCUUCGGCGACCCGCGCCAGUUCCCCACGCUGCCGUCCAUCUCCGACCCGCGUAUGCACUACCCUGGCGCCUUCACCUAUUCGCCGCCUGUCACGUCGGGCAUUGGCAUCGGCAUGUCAGCCAUGAGCUCUGCCUCUCGCUACCACACCUACCUGCCGCCGCCCUACCCAGGCUCUUCGCAGGCCCAGGCCGGGCCCUUCCAGACCAGCUCGCCCUCCUACCACCUGUACUAUGGCACCUCCGCCGGCUCCUACCAGUUCUCCAUGGUGGGCGGCGAGCGCUCGCCCCCGCGCAUCCUGCCGCCCUGCACCAACGCGUCCACGGGCGCCGCGCUGCUCAACCCCAGCCUCCCCAGCCAGAGCGACGUGGUGGAGACCGAGGGCAGCCACAGCAACUCGCCCACCAACAUGCCACCCGCGCGCCUGGAGGAGGCGGUGUGGCGGCCCUACUGAGCGCCUUCGAGGGACUGAGCCCGGCUGCACCUGCCGUCCACACACAGACCCCCGCCAGGAGGGCCCUUGGAGGCCAACAGGAAGAUUCCCGGAGGGAAACUGUGAAUGCUUCUGAUUUAGCAAUGCUGUGAAUAAAAAGAAAGAUUUUAUACCCUUGACUUCACUUUUUAACCACGUUGUUUAUUCCAAAGAGUGUGGAAUUUUUUUUUGGUUCGGGGCGGGGAAGACAUAGCUCAUCCAGUUUGGCAAUUAUUUCUUAUUUCGGAGUUACUUUUCCGCACCUUAUCAAUUGCAAAAAAAAAUGUGUGUUUGCAUCUGGGUGGUCGUUAUUUUUAAAUAUGUAUAGAUCUGUGCUUGCUACUUUCUUCCUUUGACCAACUGAAAGAAAUACGGUUCCCUUCUCUACGUUUUAUUUAACUUUUGGACUUUCUUGUAGCUGGGAUUUUGGGGUGUUUUUUUUUGUUGUUGUUUGUUUGUUUUGUCUUUUUUUUUUAAAGAUACAGCUACAACUUUGGGUCAUUUUUUAACUACUGUAUUUCCACAAAGAAAUCCCUAGAUAUUUAUGUAUCUCGAUGUUUGAACAUUUGCAUAUGUGUUAAUACUUUUUUAAUUAUUUAAAUGUACUUAUAUUAAGAAAAAUAUCAAGUACUACAUUUUCCUUUAUAAUAGCCAAAGUUAAAUGUUAUUGCGUUGAUGAUGGCUAGAGAAAAAAAACAAAGGGUGGGUUGUGGCGGCUUGGUUACCUAGAGAUACUGUUUACAUUAAAUCCCUUUUAUGUUUUUCAAACAAGUUGGUAGCUAAUGCAGCAAUGUUUUCAAUCCGAUUUUAGACACUGGGGGUCACUCCAAGGAUCAGAAGUACAAAAUUUUCUGCCAGGCUCAACAAAGGGCCUCAUACCCGGCUCCUCCCCUUCAAAAAGAAAAGCAAAACUCCCAAAGGGUUCAGAGAGGUGCCAGUGAUUAUAGCUCCGAAGAGGAUUUUAUUUCGGCCUGGAGGUAUGCUUGCCCGAAGGCCUUCUGAUUCAGGCGUGCUUUAUAAGGGGGUUGGUUCAGGCGAGCUGGCGGACCCCAAAUCAGCCAAUAUGAUCCUCUAACUGCCUUCCACUACUAGUUCCUGUUCGUUGACGGAAACCAAAACUUGUGGCUGCACCCCAAAGAUCAAAAUAGAAGGGGUAAUAGUGCCUUUGAGGCCCAGUGGCUGAGUUUUAAGAGUGUGUACCCCAAAAGCCUGAAGGAGCCAGUUGUGGGAGACACCCUGUCAACCCGUGCAGGAUGCUUACGGGAAGCUGCUUGCUCACCAGCGUCUCUGAGUUGCUUCCAGCAGGCUGAGCCCCUAACCUUUGGGGUCUGUGCACUUUUUCUGUGCAUCAGCAUGAUAAGAAAGAUUCGUGUCUCUGCAGUCCAUGCUAUGGUUCAAACAGAUACCACGGUCACUGUAAAUGUAAUGGCACUCUCAUUAUAGUGGAGGACUUGGUCAAAAUUCAGUCGUUCUACAACGUAUAAACCCUAACUGCUGAUUUUGACAUUUGUGUGUUCAAACUGAUCUGGUUGUUUUUAAUGUACCUCUUGAAUUAGUUGAAAUGAUGUCAGGUCAAUUCCGAGGAGCGUUUGAAAGCAGGACUUCAGAACAGUGUUGGAUUUUUUUAUUAUUAUUUUAUAAAUUUAAGCAUUCAGAUUAGAUCUUUGGCUGCAGGCAGCGAAA